AGAUACAGAGAGAGAGAGAGAGAGAGAGAGGUAGCAAAACAAAAACCCGGUGGAUCACUAUAUAUAUAUUAUUAUUAUCAUUCACAUUCGCAAUCAAAAUUCAUUGAUAUACGAUUUUGUUGUUUCAAGUCGAAAUCGAAGCCUCUUCUUAAUCUUAAUUCUUAAACAACAGGUUCUUUGUGUUGUCUUGAGUUUCUGUGCCCCAAAAUAUGCUUCCGCUUUCUCUACUUAAGAGUGCCCAAGGGCACCCAAUGUUGGUUGAACUGAAAAAUGGUGAGACCUACAACGGCCAUUUGGUCAAUUGUGAUACUUGGAUGAACAUUCAUCUCCGGGAAGUCAUCUGCACCUCUAAAGAUGGAGAUAGGUUUUGGCGAAUGCCUGAAUGCUACAUCCGUGGGAAUACAAUCAAGUAUCUUAGAGUUCCUGAUGAGGUGAUCGAUAAGGUUCAGGAAGAAACUAAGAGCCGUUCAGAUAGGAAGCCACCUGGUGUUGGUCGUGGACGAGGACGAGGUAGGGAGGAUGGUCCUGGUGGACGCCAACCGAAAGGAAUUGGGCGUGGCUUGGAUGAUGGAGGUGCUAAGGGUAUGGGUGGAGGCCGAGGUAGAGGUGGAUCUGGAGGAAAGGCUGGCGGAAGCAGAGGUGCAGGGCGCGGUCGUGGCUGAUUCAUUUUAUGGUGUGAAACAUUCAUCUAAUGGCGGCUUUGCUACUUUUAAAGGCAUUGGUGUCCAAACUUUAUAUUUGCGUUGUUUGAGUGGUUAGCCACUGUUUCCCUGUUAGGUUUAUUCAGUUGGAAUAGUAAAUGUUGAGUAGCUAUUGCAUAGUGUCGCAAAACAUAAUGAGAAGCUUGUACUGUAUGUUUUUUCUUUUUCUUUUAUUGAAAAUCUCAAUGAUUCAAGUUAUAAUAUUAAAUACAGGUGAGAUUGUUAUA